AUAUAUAUAUAUGAACAUUCUUUGAUGUCCUAUAUAUCUGCCUUCAAUCUCUGUUUGGUUGGACUUGGAUUUUCCACUCCCAAGUCUUCCCUUUUCAUUUCCUCUGCUUCUUCUUCUUCUUCUUUUCUCAACUCAAAAGGGAUUCUUAGUGUUUGAUCCAUUUCUAUGUAAUUUAGUUUGUUGUGAAAAGUUGUUUCAAUGGUGUUCUUGCGUUUCAUCCUUCUUCUUCUUCUCUGUUUUGCUGAUUUUACAGAUUGAUUGAUCUUCUUUUGCUGUGAUACUCUGUUUUGUUUUGUGUAUGCCCACUUGGGAAUUUCGAUCUUACCCCAAAGCUUCUUAGGUUUUGUUAAGAUUGAUUGUUGUUUCAGAUCUAACAUGUCUGUGGGAGAAAUGGGUUUUUUUCCAGAGCGUAGAAUCAACCACCGUCGGAAACCGCCAAGUUCCGGCGACUCUCUGGAACUACAGCAGAAGCUUGUUAGGAUCAUCGUUACCGACGCCGAUGCCACGGAUUCAUCCAGUGAUGAUGAAAUGGUUUCCGGCUCAACAAAAGGAAUUAGGAGACAAGUUAGAGAGAUUCCUAUUGGAUGUUACUCUGUUUUUUAUGGUUCAUCAGAGUCCCCUGUUCCGGCGAUUAGCAAGAAACGAAGCACUCGAUCCCAAAGCUCCAAAUCCUUUCACCGGAAGAAGUUCAGAGGAGUCCGGCAGCGUCCGUGGGGUCGGUGGGCGGCGGAAAUCCGAGAUCCGACUCGUAGGAAGCGGAUAUGGCUCGGAACCUUCAAUACGGCGGAGGAGGCAGCGGCUGUUUACGACCGAGCUGCUCUGAAACUCCACGGCCCAAACGCCGAGACGAACUUCCCCGAUGAGGGUGAGGUUUCCACGGCGGCCAAGGGCGGUAACAAGCAGGAGGACGGAUUGAAGUCGCCGAAAACGACGGCGGUUUGGUCACCGGCGUCUGUUCUUCAUUAUGACGGCGCUUUACCUCUGAUUGAUGAGAUGUUUUGCAGAGAGAUUGAUGAGUUCGAAUUCAACAUGGAGGCGGUGGCAAGAUUGCCGGCGGCGAGGAGGCAGUGCGGCGGCGAAGAAGAUUUCGGGGAGGUAGAGCUGGACUUGGACUAUUUCUUGGUUGACGUCCUCUAAGUUCUAAAUAGCGUGGAAUUUCCAUGAACAUUCAACGACGUCGAGAAUUUAAUAAUAAUAAUAAUAAUA